AUGGAUGUCAAAGGGUUAAUUGAAAGCCUCAAGGAGGAUCUCACUUGCUCUAUAUGUAUGGGUUACUUCACUGACCCAGUGACUAUUAAAUGUGGCCACAGCUUUUGUACACAGUGUCUUCUCCAGUGCAGGGAGGGAGGUGAUGACAUAGUCACCUGCCCAGAGUGCAGAGGAGUCAUAAAUUACAGAAAUUGGAUACCCAACAAGAGCCUGCAGAAUCUGUCCAACACUGGCAAAAUGCUCAGGCCUCAUUUACUGCAGAGCAUGGUGUACCUGACCACCUGUGAUCAACAUGGGGAAAAAGAGAAGCUCUUCUGUGAGGAAGACCAGAUAUCCCUCUGUGAGUCUUGUUCAUUAGCCCCAGAGCACAAGGAUCAUUAUGUCCUUCCCUUGGACAAGGCUGCUGAAAAGUGCAAGGACAAGCUCCAGGAGAUACAAAAUAUCUUGCAGAGAAAAGAAGAGAAAUUUAAAUUUUCAUUGGAUAAAGUGCAAAUGAGGGAGGAAUAUUGUAAGGAAGAUACAUAUGUUCUCAAGCAAUCAGUUAUAUCUGAGUAUGAGAAAAUUUACCAGUUCUUACUGAAUGAAGAAAAUCAACACCUGAAAAGAUUGGAACAGGAAUCCAGAAACACCCUGGCAAAAUUUGAGGAGAACGAGGUCAAACUAACACAACAAAUCCAAAAUCUGCAAAGAAUGAUAUUAAAAGUAGAGGAGAAUUUGGAAAAAGCACCAUCAGAAAUGCCCCAGGAUAUGAAAGGCACUUUGUCAAGGAAUGAGGAGCUGUUACUUCAAAAACCGAAGGUUGCUUCCUUUGUCUUCAGUACCUGGCCCAUUACUGGGUUGAGAGAAGUACUCAUGAGCUUCCAGAGGGAUAUAAUUUUGGAUCCUGAAUCUGCCAGUCCUCAUCUCAUUCUUUCAGAAGAUUUGAAAUGUGCAAAGUACAAAAGAAUCCCAAAGGACCUGCUGGACUACAAAGAAAUACUAGAUAAUACUUUCAUUGUAUUGGGGGCCCAGACCUUUACAUCAGGCAGACACUAUUGGGAAGUAGAGAUAGGAGAUAAUACAGACUGGGAAGUGGGUGUCUGUAAAGAGUCAGUUAGUAGAAAGAUGAGCUGCUCCACAUUACUUGGGGAUAAAAUUGCCUUGGAAGGCUACAAAUCUCAAAAUGAUUUCUGCAUCUGGAAAUUACAGGAAGGCUGUAUUGUGAAAAAACCUAUAGACAAAGUGGGCAUUUUUCUUGAUUAUGGAAAGGGACAUGUAGCAUUUUACAAUGUCACAGAAGAAACCCUUCUUUAUAGUCCCCCAAACAUCAUCUUUCAAGGGCCUCUUCGCCCUUACUUCUCUCUUUCCAUUCAUUGUGAAGAAGGACCUCCUGGAUCACUCAUUAUCUGUCCCCAGGAGUAA